AUGCCUCCUAAUAACUUCCUCAAAAGCUCCAAAUCCAAACUGAAACAGCCUUCUUUAAUCGCCCCUUCCUGCGGACAACCGCCUCUUCUAAAAUCCCAGGAGGAAAAUAGCGCAGCAGCGGGUGUUCACGGGUCCUCCUGGGAGCUGGAUGUAGCAAUCAGCGCAGCUCUUGUUUCCAGGGCCGCCUUCAGGCUCGGGGCUUGGGACUCUCCAGCUGCCCAGCAGCUCUGGGGGCUGGGCAGAGAGGCCAAGCGAGGGUCCCCGAGCCGGUGCCGGUGCUCCGUUCCCGCGGUGCCGGGAGACGGCGGUAGCCCAGAGCGCUGCUACGGCGCGGGGAGCGCGCAGGGUACUGGAGGAGCGCGGUGCCGCCUGGCCCUGCUUUCUGCUUUUAACAAGCAGAUUACUGUCAGCUGGUGUGUCCAGGCUCUUGCAGGCACAGCUUCUGGUUUCUCAAUUGGCUUGCGCUGCACUUCCACCCCAGAGAAGCAAACAGAGCCCAGUAACUCCAAUAAAAUUGCAUUGCUGUCCCAGGUUAAUCUCCGAGCCACUGAUGUGAAGCUUAUGCGCCAGCUACUCAUCAUCAAUGAAAGUAUUGAAUCAAUCAAGUGGAUGAUUGAAGAGAAGGCCAUUGCCAGCAGAGGUAGCAGUUUGAGUGGCAGCCUGUGCAGCUUGCUGGAAAGUCAGGAGACAUCCCUCCAUGGCAGCUGUAACAGUUUACAAGACUGUAGUGAUGGACUGGAUGGAAUAUCAGUGGGGAGUUAUUUGGACACCUUAGUGGAUGAUGUCCCUGGUCACCAAACCCCUUCAGAUAUGGACCAAUUCAGUGAUUCUUCUAUUAUGGAGGACUCACAACCUCUGCAAAAGCAUCCCACAAUUGAUUCUGAUGAGUACUACUGUUUUGGUUAAUAAAAACAAGUUCCAGUGGGACACAAAUGCACUUGUACUUGCCCUUUUUCUUUGCUGCUAUUUUAUUUCAUGUGCAAAACCCCUGAACUUCUCUUGGAAGGAGAACAUAAUAUGAUACUUUGAUUCCACUUCAUAACUUUUCUGUUGUUUCUAAUACAUUUUCUGCUUGGUGUGUUGGGCUUUCCUCCUCCUC